AUGAACUGUACUGAUGACUGUAGAAAUAUUUGGUCAGAUACAGAAUGUGAGAACUGGGCCAAGGCUAGCCAGUGUGAGAUCAAUAAGAUGGAUAAACACUGCCAGCAAUCUUGCAGUGCUUGCUCCAACAGUACUUUAAAUGGCACACUUAUUAAUUCUACAUACACAGUGAUAAAUACUGCAGACACAGUGAUAAAUACUGCAGACACAGUGAUAAAUACUGCAGACACAGUGAUAAAUACUGCAGACACAGUGAUAAAUACUGCAGACACAGUGAUAAAUACUGCAGACACAGUGAUAAAUACUGCAGACACAGUGAUAAAUACUGCAGACACAGUGAUAAAUACUGCAGACACAGUGAUAAAUACUGCAGACACAGUGAUAAAUACUGCAGACACAGUGAUAAAUACUGCAGACACAGUGAUAAAUACUGCAGACACAGUGAUAAAUACUGCAGACACCGUGAAGAAUGCUAAUGUAAUGCACAGUACAGCAGUAACAUCUACUGCAUCAUCAGACUCAAAUAAUGAAACAACAAAGGUAACGUUGGUCACCACUGGAACACACGAUCAACAAGUGAGUGUGUCACCAUCAACCAUUGUGUCACCAUCAACCAUUGCGUCACCACCACCCACCAUGCCACAGCCACCAACAACGGCUAGGACUACAUCAGCUCCAGUACUCAAAAAGCCAGCAACCUGCAUCAACAAGUGGGGAGACAAACCCUGCGGCCUUUGGCAGGCCAGAGGGGAUUGUAAAUUUAAUUCAGCCUGGAUGAAACGCAACUGUGCUCUGGCCUGUGAUAGCUGUGAUACCUAA